AGCACUGCCACCAGAGAACCCCACAGCAGCACCACCAGAAACACCAACAGCACUGCCACCAGAGACACCCACAGCACCACCACCAGAAACACCAACAACACCAUCACCUGAAACACCUACACCACCACCACCUGAAACACCCACAGCACCACCACCAGAAACACCAACAACACCGCCACCAGAAACAUCAACAGCACCGUCUCCAGAGACACUUACAACACCGCCACCAGAAACACCUACAAUACCACCACCAGAAACAACUACAACACCACCACCUGAAACACCCACAACACCACCACCAGAAACACCUACAAUACCACCACCAGAAACACCAACAGCACCACCACCAGAAACACCUACAAGACCACCACCAGAAACACCUACAACACCGUCUCCAGAGACGCCUAGAACACCACCACCUGAAACACCUACAACACCACCACCUGAAAUACCCACAUCGCCACCACCAGAAACACCUACAAGACCACCACCAGAAACACCAACAGCACAGCCACCAGAGACACCUACAACACCACCACCUGAAAUACCCACAUCGCCACCACCAGAAACACCUACAAGACCACCACCUGAAACACCCACAGCACCGCCACCAGAAACACCUACAACACCACCACCAGGAACACCAACAACACCGCCACCAGGAACACCAACAGCACCACCACCAGAAACACCAACAGCACCAUCACCUGAAACACCAACAGCACAGCCACCAGGAACACCUACAACCCCGCCACCAGAAACACCAACAACACCAUCACCUGAAACACCUACAACACCACCACCAGAAACACCAACAGCACCAUCACCUGAAACACCAACAGCACCACCACCAGAAACACCAACAACACCAUCACCUGAAACACCUACAACACCACCACCAGAAACACCUACAACACCACCACCUGAAACACCCACAACACCACCACCAGAAACACCUACAAUACCACCACCUGAAACACCUAUAACACCGCCACCAGAAACACCUACAAUACCACCACCAGGAACACCAACAGCACUGCCACCAGAGAACCCCACAGCAGCACCACCAGAAACACCAACAGCACUGCCACCAGAGACACCCACAGCACCACCACCAGAAACACCAACAACACCAUCACCUGAAACACCUACAACACCACCACCAGAAACACCUACAACACCAACACCAGAAACACCAACAUCAGACAGGACAACAGAAACAACUCGAACAUCUGAGAGGACAACAGAAACAACACCAACGUCAGACAGAACAACAGAAACAACACGAACAUCAGACACGACAAUAGAAACAAGACCAACAUCAGAGAGGGCAACAGAAACAACUCGAACAUCAGAGAGGACAAUGGAAACAACACCAACAUCAGAGAGGACAACAGAAACAAGAUCACCAUCAGAGAGGACAACAGAAACAACACCAACAUCAGAGAGGACAGUAGAAACAACACCAACGUCAGACAGGACAACAGAAACAACACCAAGGUCAGAGAGGACAACAGAAGGAACACCAACCUCAGACAGGACAACAGAAACAACUUCAACAUCAUACAAGACAACAGAAACAAGACCAACAUCAGAGAGGACAACAGAAACAACUUCAACAUCAUACAAGACACCAGAAACACCAACAGCACCAUCACCUGAAACACCAACAGCACAUCCUUACCGGGUGACACCAACGGUAACUUCCUACCCUUACCCACAUCCAUAUCCACUCACACCCACACCCACACCCUUAUCUCAAGUCAGAGAUAAGCUAGCUUACAAUUCUUGA